UACCAUACCAAUGAUAUCAAUAAAAAUUGUACUAAAUAGUAAACACAGUUACUUACAUGUUUUGCCAGUUAGUUACAAGUUACUUUAACUUACUUAUCUAGUUGUACACUUGUAUCAGGAUUCAGGAAUCAGAAAGUUACUUAAUAGUUAAUAUCCAUAUAUUUUUUUUGAGCAAAAUUCGAUUACAAAUACUGCAAAAUGUUGAAUUUAAAAGAAUAUGGUAGUAGUAGUGACGAAGAAGAUCCAUCGCAAAAUACGUCUCCAGAAACACCUUUUGAUGAUUCAAUUAGUGUUCUUAAAUUAAAUGAAAAGUUUGCAGUAAAUGCAGCUCCAAAUGUUUUACCACCUGGGCCAGAUACAUCAGUUCAGUAUCUUGAUGUCGGAACAAAAGAAAUCACUCGAAAUAUGAAAUAUGAAGAGCUUUUUACACCAGUUGCAGGACCAGAAAAUCCUUUCUUAACACAACAACAAAAAGCACCUAAAAACAUGAUGACUGGAUUUGUUGAAAAAGCACAUAUUAAUGAUUUCAUGUUUGAAACUCAAAGAAGAACAUUUCAUAGUUAUGGUUAUGCUCUGGAUCCUACAGUUGAUUCUACUGAAAUUAUUGGUCGUAAGCCUGAUGAUUCUGAUGAAUUUAAAACAGUUUUUGAAUCUGUGCCGAAAAGGCCAGCUGAUAAAAGAAAACGUCAUAAAAAUGACAACCCAGAAGAUAUUGAUGGUUAUCUAGGACCUUGGGGAUGUUAUGUUGAUGAACAGAAAAUAUCUAAACCAGAAGGAGAAGAUGCAAUUGCUAUUGAAGAAUUCCUUGCAAAAAAACAUAAACGAGGCAAAAAAGUUGAAGAUAAAAGCUUCAAAGAAAAAUCAAUUCUGCAUAUUAAAGAUCCUGUUGAUUAUCAAGGACGUUCAUUUUUACAUAUUCCACAAGAUGUUGGCGUUAAUCUUAAAUCAAAUGCACCUCCUGAUAGAUGUUUCCUUCCUAAAGCACAUAUACAUACAUGGCAGGGCCAUACUAAAGGUAUAUCAGCUAUUAGAUGGUUUCCAAGGUCUGCUCAUUUACUUAUGUCCUGCAGCAUGGAUUGUAGGGUUAAGUUGUGGGAUGUCUAUAGAGAUAGAAAAUGUAUUCGAACUUAUAUUGGUCAUACACAAGCAGUUAGAGAUACAUGUUUUAACAAUAAAGGCACAAAAUUUUUAUCAGCAGCAUACGAUCGGUAUGUUAAACUAUGGGACACAGAAACUGGAGAUUGCAUAAAAAGUUUUACGAAUCAUAAAGUAUUAUAUUGUGUAAAAUUCAACCCGGAAGAAGAAAAACAACAUUUAUUUGUUGCUGGUACUGCUGAUAAGAAAAUUGUUUGUUGGGACACUAGAUCAGGAAAUAUUGUUCAAGAAUAUGAAAGACAUUUGGGAGCAGUUAACAGUAUCACCUUUGUUGAUGAAAAUAGACGAUUUGUCACAACAUCUGACGAUAAAAGUUUACGUGUUUGGGAAUGGGAUAUACCAGUAGAUAUGAAGUAUAUAGCUGAUCCAACCAUGCACUCAAUGCCAAGUGUAACAAUUGCACCAAAUAAAAAGUGGCUAGCUUGUCAAAGUAUGGAUAAUAAAAUAGUUAUAUUCUCGGCAAUGAAUCGUUUCAAAGUGAAUAGAAAAAAGAGUUUUUCUGGUCAUAUGGUAGCUGGAUAUGCUUGUUCGUUAGACUUUUCACCUGAUAUGAGUUACCUAGUCUCGGGAGAUGCUGAUGGAAAAGUAUUUAUUUGGGAUUGGAAAACAAGUCGUUUGUAUACAAAAUGGAAAGCGCACGAUAAUGUGUGUAUUGCUGCAUUAUGGCAUCCACACGAACCUAGCAAAGUAGCAACUGCUGGAUGGGAUGGACUGAUCAAAUAUUGGGAUUAAUUAGCUUUUACAUUCAAUAUAUUUUGGGUAUCUUUAGUGUUGAUUUCCCAUUAUUUGUGUUGUAAAAUUCUCAAACAUGUAAUAUGUAUAUAUAUAAAUAUCAAUUGACAGUUAUUAUAAAAUUUUAUAAUAA